AGCAAAGAGAUAUUUUUGCAAAGCGAGGCCAAAUCACGGCUGACUGCACAGAUAGCUGCAAAGUACGACUGGCAUGGACCAAAGAGGAUUCUGGGUAAUGAGAGCAGACCCAAGCCAUCCUUCCUGAAUACUGUCAACCAGGUAAAGAACUCAAAUACUGCAUUAGCGUAUUAUCACUAUUUUUAAUGUUUUAUUAGCAACGUUUUUAAAGGAUCAUGCUUGAAAUAAAUGGCCUAACAGGAGAGUGUUAAUUAUGACCUUGUUGCUCGCAGUUGCAGAAACUUGGAUUUGAAACUUGUGUUCAACGGCAUUUUUCCAAAACAUUUCAGCGAACAUUUUACCCCUGUAGCAGAACAGUUUUAGUGCCUUGUGACUGAAUCAAAUGUCUUGCGGCACGUUCUUAACCAAUCUAAAUCAGUGGUGAUUUGCUGACAUGUGUUUUCCGGCGCUUACGACAAGCGCUGAUUGGUUCAUGUAAUUUACAGUACGUAUUAUGACUGGAUAAAGAAAUCUCCAUGGUUGUGAUUUUUAUUAUAUUUACAAUUAAGUAGUCGUUCAUUACUCCGGAAAAGGCAAGCUUAGAAAAUUAGUAGUAUCACAGUUCUGCCCAAAAUUCCAUUUUCUGCCUUUCUGUUUUUAUCUAUAGUUAUCAUCUGCCUCUGAACACACCAGCAACAUUUCUCUGUUGAGGUCCAUCUUUGUGGAGAACCUUGAUUUACUAGUGGUCGCCUCAGAAGACAAUAAUAUCUGUAAGUAAUCGCAAUAAAGACAAAUUAACCUCUUCAGCCAGUAGAGUUUAAAAGCGUCGAAGAAAUAAAAGUUUAUCGUCUAUUUUUACAGUACACCUUGAAAUCACAGAGAUAUGAACAGCUGGUGAACCUUUGUACCACUACUGGUUUUAGAGAAGGGUCAACCGUCGAUGUUGGGAGGCUACAUGUUCUUGCGCAUGCCUAAAUUCUUCCUUUUGCCCAAUUUGCUACGCAUGCUAAAACAGUACGAUAUGCAAACAAGAGCUUUCACUGAAUGGUGCUGGAUUCCCUCAGUGACCGUUAGAGCGCUUAUUUGCAACGAGAUUUUGUGGUUUUGAUCCCUGGCCAGAGUCAGACCAAUACUUGUGGUCGUAAAAUAGUGUCUAAAAGAAGUUUUGCUGAGCUUCAUGUGACAUGGAUAAUCACGUGAUACGGGCGAGCACGUCUCCAGAAGGCGGCGUAAUUUCUCCAUGCUCGAUACGUUCAUGCUUAACUCAAUAAACAUUUCGUUUCUGUUAACGAUUUAGAUGUCUGGGGUUUUGAUGAAGAUGCUGUGAAAGUCCUGGAAAACAUGAGGCCGGCCGAUGAAAAUCUGAUCUAUAAAUAUGCAAUCCUGCUUGGUGAGAAAGCCUUUAAACCAAUCAAGAAGGACAAUGAGGUAAAAUAUUUGGGUCUUUUGUUUUGUUCGAAAGUGACGCCAAAAUGUCCAAAGACUUUGCCUUAUUUCUAUGGAGUUAAUAUAGACCUUGGAAAAUUAUUGUCGAUUUUAUUUUCAGUUUGCAGUAACAUUGACAACUUUUGCGACGUCCAUUCCAUUCGGUGAAGUAUCUUGGAUAAUCUGGCGGGCUAAAAGUCACAACGACAUUUCCGUGUUAUUUGCUUUCAUCGGUCAUAGCUGUCGAUUGAUUAGCGCGCGAGAAAUCGCUCAGUUGUAACAUCUCGCUUUUUAAUACUGAACACAUACUUUAUCUGUUUGAAACGAUUAAGUGUAGGAAAGGAACUAUAGAAUGCUCUAGUACAUAGUUGGUUUUGAAUUUUGUUUCUUUGCUUUUAGGGUUCAAAAGAACAUGACUCAGUUACCAACCGAGUGGCAGGAUUCAUCUGUAAACAUGUGUUUACUGAACACAGUAGCUGUGUUACAGGACUGGCUGUAGUGGGUAAAGAAGCUGGCUAUAAUACAACUUACUUGGUAAGAUCACUGAUCGGUAGCUAAUUUUUCUUCUUAGAAACACUAUAUUUUACCGUUUUCAAUUCGUGAGAUUUAAGGAAAUGAUUGUUUACGUUAAAUUGUGUGGUUGUACUAUCAUAAAUUCAUAGAUGAUUUUAUUAGAGAGCUUUACAUUUAAGGACAAGAACGCGUACGAGUACGAAAUUUAACUUAAAGUUUUUGCGCGUGUUCCCACAAAAAGACACCCCGGAAAGCUUCAUCUUUUUUCCUUUUUUCACCAAAAACGUUAGUACGGUUAUUUAUACUGAAGGAGGUUAAGACCUCGCCCGAUCGCAAAUUGAUAAAACUUCUUACAUUUGAUAACUUGUUUCCGCCACUACGACAUUUUCGCCAAAACUCGUAGUAGAGUGACGACGGCUAUCAAGUUUUCCCGCCAAAAUGACGCCGGCUUACGCGCACGCAAUACUUAGUAUUGAGGGAAUCUCGCACUUAUAGUCGCCCUCAUCAUCGAAUCUAAAGCUCUUUAUUAUAAGAAAGUCGGAACAUUAGAAAAAUUCGCAUUCCCGAAACUACAAGGAGAAUGGAUACAAGCUUUGGGCACAGCCGUUUUUGGGAUUGUUAAGGUAAACAAGCGAUACUUAUGAUUGGUUAAUUUUGCCUUGAAUACAAUAGACCAACCAUAGCUAACGCUUGUAUACUCUAAUGAUCCCAGAAAUCACUGCGCCCAAAGCUUGUACCCAUUCUCCCUAUAUAGUCAUAGAGUUUAUGCAGUGGGGACCUGGGGAAUAGUAGAGAAGCACAAGCCGCUUGUGCGUCUCUUAAAAAUUUUCAUAUUUUAUGCAACUAAACAAGACAAAAAAAAAUAUUUAAUUAUUUUUAUUAUUUUUAUUUUUUGAUUUUUUUUUCAGCUUAGUGCUGGCUGGGACCGAAGAAUCUUUUUGUGGGAUUUAGAAAAAGCUUGGUGAGGCUUCGAAUGUUUUCUGCGUUAACCUACCCUACCAACAACGAACAGGCUACCCUAUCGACAAACUUCCUUAACACAUCUUAUGUCACACGUCUCGAUUCAUCCGUAAACAAUUGGACGGAUUUGGAUCAGUAACUGUUUUUUUAGUUUCUCUUACAGCUGUGAAAAGUCCUUAAGUCAAGAAGUUCUUGAUAGGUCCCAGAACUCUAUGCAUUUAAAAAAGUCUGCGAAUUUCUCCCAAAACAGGAUAGGUUACUGUCGCAAAGUCGUAUUAAAUUUAAGAUCCUAAGGCCUGCCUAUUAUUUUGAACGACUGUUUAACCUACAUUCAGUGGUUGUAGAAUACAUUGUAGUAGCUAUUGUGUAUAUGGAGUUUAGAGAAACCUGGUUUUACAAACCUGCUUUUUGCAGUGGAAUUUUACUCAGCCUGUUCCAGGCUCCAAGAUAGUCAUAUGCAGAGAUGUCAAAACUGAUGCGAAAAACGCUCGAAGAACCUGGCACGGGUUAAAUUUGAUUAGUAAAAUCCAACUAGUGGUCUAUUAUCAAUGCUGCGUUCUGAUUGGUUGAGCUUCUACUAGGCUAUAUGUUAUAGCCCAAUAGUAGCGGUACGCGCCGGCUUUUUGGCACCAAAAAAAGAUUAAAGUCUAGCUUUAACUAGCUAAAGUUGUUUUGUCUCGAUAUUUUUGACCAACUAGUUGGAUUUUACUAAAACAAUGAUUCCUCUCGCCCUCAUGGCCUCUGAGUCAAUAGCCCAUUCAGGCGCAAAGAAUAAUUGUUAAAUAGUUUUCAUCAAGAUCUGAGAUGUUCUUCGAAUAGCAAUGAGUGUGCAGUCUUGGGAAAAAGUGUUACCUGAGUCAAAAGGAACAUUUUUCUGUUUUUUUAUCCCGAUAGUUUUCACGAUACUUUUAGAAACACCGAUCCAAGCGCCUUGGAAAGCGAGGAACUCGCCUCAGAUGGGAUUAUCAUGGAUUUGAGCUACAGUCUUGAAAGGUCAGUUGUGUUCUUUUGCUGAACCAAGGAAACUUUACAAGAAACGAGAUCGGGUACAAUAACGACCUUGGACUUUCUCACUGAUUAUGUCAUUAUGAUUGUCGUUCGUUGUCAUCGCAGACUUACCAAUAUAAGUAAAAGUAAUAGCAUGAUUUGUAGUGAUAUUUGGCAUAAAUACCACGAGUGAUAUUUCGAAAUUGUUACACGUAAUUUCACGAGCCAUUAGGCGAGUGAAAUUUGAGACAGUUUUGAAAUAUCACGAGUGGUAUUUAUGCCAAAUAUCACAUACAAAUCAUGCUAUUAUAUGUUUAUACUACUACCCACAAAAGGUUUGUAAUUUUCACAUGUAGGUAUUUCAAAUUAAGCUGAAAUACCACUGCUCUAAGCCAAUCAGAUUGCAGAAAUUUCUCAUGUUGUAGUAUGAUAGCGAUAAUAGUGACGUGGAAAGUGCUGGAUUCACUCGCCUUUGGCUUGUAAACUCGCUCUUACACUGAAUCUCGUGCUCUUAGUUGACCUCAGCGAUAAGAUUUUUAGAUGCCAAACUCUUGUUGGUUCCUAGUAUCCCCGCUUAUCGACCUAUAUUAUCUUAAUCCUUAUUGGUUUAUCACCCUGCAACACACAUACAAACAUACGUACGCUCAGACCACUAACAUGUGAACGUUUUGAAACAACGUCUGUACUUCUCUUUUUUGCACAGAAAUGAGUUUGCGUACGCUUCUUCAGACAAGCUGGUUUACAUCAGACAGUUUUCAGAACGAGGCGCAGAAAUGACCUUGUCAGCGGUUUUACAGGGCCACGAGGCCGAGGUGACGCAGGUGAGUCCUCUGCACUGAAGAAGUUUGCGGGGGAGGUAUCGACCACCCUCAGACUUUACUCAUUACUGGGAGACGGGCAAUCUACCCUUCCUCUAACAAAACGUUAACACUUACUUCUUACUUAUGACAAAAUGAUGGGUUAGGGGAGGGGUGGGUAGGCAGAUUAGAAGAUCCCUGAAUUUUCGGUUGAGGGUCAAAGAGGUUUUUGAAGCCACUGCCCCGGGAGAUCUUUGACCUGCCUCAAAGACUGAAUCCAUCCAUCUUUUGAUCAGCGUUGCAUUGCUCAUCCUUUUCUACGCCAAGAUGCGACUCAUUUUCGCUGUUGUUUGUCCAAGUUGUCCUUGCAUGGUUUAUUUUCCCAGUGGAAAUAAAGUCUGCCUUACUGAGCACCAGGGGUCGAAUAUCAGAAACAUUGACGACGGUGGAAGAGCAGAAUCGCCAUGAAAAAGGUGUAUAGACUGACGUAGUGUAUAUAUAAUAGUUGUCCUCAGUAAGAACAGCCUCCUACUCUCGGCUAGAUCAUUCAUUGGCACAGAAGCAAGGAUGUUGGUAUUUUAAGUGUGUCUUUUAAGCAGCUCGAAGUUCUGUUUCGGGUCGUUUUUAGGUGCGAUGGAAUGCGGUGCUGACCAAGUGGAUCACGGGUUCAGAGGAUGGUACUAUUCGUAUUUGGGUAUGUGAUGAUUUUUACAGCAAGAAACCGAUAUCUCCCAUUUAGUGAAUCAAUAAGCUGGCUAUUUGCUGACAUCUCAUGACGUCAUACAAAAGACUGAACAGACAUAGCCUGCAAAACAGCCCCUAUUUUUGCGUACGUGAAGAACGCCAACGCGAUCAAGCUAAAGUCCUGUAGCGAAGAUGAAGAUGGAGAGUGAGAUUAAGGAGAGAAACAUCAAGCCUUGAAAAACCAAUUUUAAGUUUGAGAAAGAAAACCGAAUGUCUCUUCUUUCUUUCAGUUGAAGUCUAGAAAAGACACUAAAAAAAAAAAAAACGAUACUCACCAUCCAAGAACAAAAACUAACUGACGAUGGUUUCUGCGACACCAAAUUUCCCGGUGGCCGGCACCCGUUUUUACUACUAACUUGUUUCCAAUCCACUCACGACAGAGAGCAGACGGAAUGGCCUGCGAUCUAGUUCUCAGUGCCCAAGGAGCAGUGUCGGCACUUUGCAUCGACCAGGUGAACGGUUGCAUUGUAGCAGGAGUGCAAGAAAUUAUUAGGUGAGAAGAGACGCCGUAUUUACGAGGCGUAUAACGUGUUCUCAGACCUCCGUGAGUCCAAUGUGGUCACUCAAGACGUUUAACCAAUCAGAAUGCGAUACCAGUGCGUGUAGCCACUGUUGAUCACGGGAAUAAGCUCGGGUUCAAGGAAGUCUCGAUUGGUUUUGUGUUUUCUUCUGAUUGAUGGAGAAAGUGCCUUGAGAUUAUUUAGCUAUCACAAUGGCCCAAACUUUUUGCGUAGUUCCCACUUUUGUGUCUUUUACACACUUUUCAUUUCCGCUCGAACUCAAUUAUCGCACAGGAAAUAAGAAUCUUUAAACAGUCUCUUGUUUCCCGACUGGUCAUUGUGAGAUUGUACGGAGACAACCUCGUUUCCACGGUUCUCUGUUACUCGUUCCUACAGGGAAGAGUAGAAGAAGAAGAACCCUGGGAACGAUUAUGAAAUUGGGGCGAUUUUGUUCCUAAUUACACCAUGGGCUUAUCUGGUCGUGCAAUCGCUUAUUUGGUCAGUUACUACAAAGUUGAGCAGAACCUAGGUCCAAAUCCGUCCCCUAAAAACCGUCCCAUCGGGCAAUUCGGCUCAACAACGACCCAGUCUCGCGUGCAACCUUUAAGUAGCCAAUCAUUUUUUACAUUUUGGCGGAAAUUAAGAGAUAAGAUGGCUGCUGACUUGUCACCAGUCGUCUUCGCGUGACGAGCACGACGAGGGCAGAGGGUGGUGGGAAGGGAGAAGAUAAGUCUCUCUCGAUCUCCCGCGCUUUCCUCCUUCCCAUCACACCCCGCGCACCACUUGGGAGAGGCUGUAAGAGUCGACUGGAGACGAGUCAGAGAUGGCUGGUGGUAAAAUUAAUUUUUUUUGUUUUAUUUUGUGUUUCUUAUUCCUUCCUUUUUGUCUGGAUGUUUUGACUCUGUAGAGAGAAAUGUCAUUUACUGAAUAUUUUUUCGUUCCCUAGAGUAUAUGAUCCAGAAAGCCGUAAAAUCGUUCAGAAGAAUCUUGGGCACAAUGAUUCCGUACGCUGCAUUAUUCACAUUCCCGAGAGGAGUCAGGUAUUACUAUAAAAUAAUUCAUUUGUUUGUUUAUUUGUUUUUUUGUGUGUGUGCUUUGGUUUGCGAGGGAAAACUGAGCGAGUAAAAACAUAAAUACCAAGCAGAAGGAGUAAGAGUAUCGGAUAAUGAUUUCGAUAUCGUUAGCGGGUAUUGAAAAAAUCGGGAAAGGGUAUCCUACGUUUAAACUAUUCUUAGUGUUUGUUUUUAAGAGUAUGAAAAAUUGAUCUAUCCUGCGAGCAGAGUCUGCUUGCAGGGUAAAAUUGAUCUCAAUUUUUUCGAUAUUUGGGUCGUUUAUCGUAAAAAAUAUCAUGAGAGAGUAUUAUCUCGUGUAAACAAGUUUUCUUUGUUUGUUUCUUUAUUUGCCAUAGUAUGUUUCUGCUUCGUGGGAUAAGACAGUUCGAAUUUGGAACGCGUACAAGAAAUGUAAG